UCAGUGUAUACCUGCUGGUGGCCAAUCCUGUACUUAUUAAGGGAUUAUUAGACACACAUUGGCAACUGUGACACCUGACAAAGUUGGUGUAGUUGGGAAGUUUACGUGUUCUCCAACCGGUCUAUUUACGUGUUCUCCAACUGGUCUAUUUGCAUGCAUAUGUUGGUUUAAGCAGGUUGGAUGAACACAAGUGACAGAUCAGUUAGGUGACGCUGGCAAAGUCGGUAGUAGUAAUUGGAAAUGAUCUCUCGUCGUGCUGUGGAUACAUCUCUCUGACAUGGAUUUACCAUGGGGACCGAAAACGUUAUCUUACAGGGGGAUUUUAUGAUCUUUGAUACAAAAGUGUCCUGUGGAAAUGUUGAAGAGUGCUGCCGUGAAAAAAGUCCCAGAGCGGUCAGAGUGUCCUUUGAGAAAAACUUGACAGAUGAAUCGUACUGCCUGCGGAUGUUGGACCCUAAACGUCGGCAUCGCCCUGUUUAUUAUCACCUGUCCAAGUCAAAUUUCUGUGGAACUGAUUCAGGAACUGUGUCACUGAAAAAGAGCAUUCUGCUGUGUGUAAAGUGGCAGGUCAGUUAUAAGUACCUGACCGUGUUCGUGCAAAAUGAGGGAGGGGUUGACCAGUCUCCAUGUAUCCUGCUCCGGUCAGACUGGUCCAAGGAAGACCAAACAAACUGGCAGACUGUGAUUGGUCGGCACUUAGGAUUCCGACGAAAAUGGUCUGUGACGAAGGCCAGCAGACAUGCGGAACGUGUUCUUCUGUGUUUGACUGAAAACAGCUUAGCCCUGAACAAAUCAAGUUUUUCAGGCACGUCUGGUCCACAUUGUUUGCAGCACCUCUCUUUUAAAGACUUUGAUAUCUUUUCUGAUUAUGACAAGAAAACAAAAAAGCUGCAGAUAACCUCCCGAAAAAAAGGACAUUGUCUGAAUGAAGAUGUCCAUUAUGAGGUGACAACUAGCCUGGGGCAGGAGAUCAUUACAGCAUUGCGAGGACCUAACCACACACUUACCCGGCCUCCCCUAGUGCCCAGCUUGUCCCUCCUCAUGCCGGAUGAGUCAGGUCCUCCCCCUUGUUCAUUUGUGCCUCUGUUUGUGCACACACCCACGCCUGGAUCCACCCCCAUCAUGGGCAAAUCCUCACCUUUUCCACCUGGUAACUUGCAGGAACCUUUAUCAUUGCUAAACAUGCCCCCUCCACCAAAACCACCAAAACCACAUGUAAAGCCUAGGCACAGAAAAUUUUGUCCUCCGGAAAAUCCACUAUGCAAUAUGAAAUCUUUUCGCAGAAGCUAUUCCAUGGGGGAGAAAGAUUUGCUAUCUAGGAAAAAAAGCCGAAAGGCCUUAAUUCGCAAUAAGGUCUCUAUUUCGGGCGGGUAUGAUUCUGAUUCAGAAAGCAUUGAAAAUCUUCCUGCGGCAGUGAGUGAGACUAUCCGGAAUGCGGAUAGAGAGACAUUGUACAUGCACAAACAGUGGUACAAGAGCUUCAAGUCUCAGAUGAGGACUUCAGUGUAUGCUGAGCCUGCGCAGUCUGAGAGGGACUCCACUGAACCAAAGCUAAGCAUCCCUGCCAAGGCCACAGACAAACGAGAAAGUUAUUGCAGAAGUAUCUUUGUAAGCUCAGACGAAGAUGAUUACUGGAUUGGAGAGGUUAGCUUUACUCUACAGAACAGGCUAGAGAAGAAACAUCCUGAUCCUGACACCAUGAAGCUGGGAUGGAGGCAAAUUGUGCGGCUGAACUUUCACCUUUACCCUCCCUUAGGGGGUGGGAUAUCAGGUGGCUGGCAGGACCUGGCUGAUUACAUAGGGUUAACAGGCCAGGAGAUAGCAAUGGUGGAUCACUUCUGUCUGGUACAUCAGCAGACACCUGUCAGUGUGCUCCUGGAUCACUGGCAGUUCGUGUAUAACAAACAAACCAGACAGCAGGUCAGGAAUCCAGCAUUUGUUCCCGAGUUCACUUGCCCACCCUGUACCAAACAGCAGCUGGCCCAGUUUCUACAGGACAUUGGAAGGCUGGAUAUUCUGGAAAUCUGCAAUCUGCCAUAGUUAAAGAAAGAGGUUCUAUGACCCUCAGAAUCUGGCAGAAUUUCACCCACCAGGGUUUGAAAUUAAGGAUGCAUGGAUGUACAUAUAUGUACACAAAUAUUAGCCUGUGCACUUAAGAGUUUGUGGACCCACAAAAUUUUCUUGAAUUCAAAUUCUGCCUACCUUUCAUGUGCAGCUGCGUGACGUCAGUAACGCUUGUUUGAGUGCCGGGUAAUUGAGGGCCCUGGCUGGCUGAGUGCGCUAAUAUGUCCCGAGAAACAGGACUGGCUUUAAUUCAGGAGAUUUGUACCCUGUUUUCCUCCACCUGUAAACCAGCUGUUGCCGUAAUAGAAAAGAAAUAUUCUUGACUACAUGAUAAAACCACCAGUCAUAUUAAUAACUAUACAUUUAUAUAAGCUAAAUGAUAUGGUUAUUUGUGACAUAUUUGAGCAGAUUUGUGUACCGCAAGGGUAAAUGUAAGUGCUACGAUUCUCCAAGUCAUUCUGCUACAGUGUCAGGCUUCUUUAGCUGUUAGCCUGCAGUGCUUUAGGUACAUUUACAUAUCCAACCUUUCUGAUGAUUAUGGCCAGGUGCAGAGUUUACCUCAACAUUUUUCACUUUCACACUGUCUGAAUAACAAACCUAUGUGCUAGAGACCAUGAAUAUUGAAUGGCAAGUGGAUCAUCUACUGCUGAAAUGUCUCAGGUAUAACUUAACAUUUUUUGAACUCUUUAUUUGCUUUUAAAAAUCACUUUGGAGCCAACUAUCUCAUUAAACUAGCUUAACAUCGUCCCUCACUGAUGGGCCUGUGGAUGACUGUAGGAAAGUGACAGGAUGCAGCCGUCAUCCAUGCAGGAUGGAAGGAUGCACAGAAGUCUUGUUACAACCAGCAUUGUAAAAACAUUCAUUGGAAUAAGCUUGGUUUACAAUUUGAUGAGGAUCAGGUCACCUUGUAGCUCAUACUAAUGCAUAAUAGAAGGUUAAGGUUUUCCUCAUCUACAUUGAUAUCUUUUCAGGCCCAGAAAUAAACAGUUUUAUAGAUUUAUUUGUUUAUUUAUUUGAUCGGUGUUUUAUGCUAUACUCAAGAAUAUUUCACUUAUACGAUGGCGGCCAGCAUUAUGGUGAGAGAAAACCAGGCACAGCCCAGUGGAAACCCAUGACCAUCCACAGGUUGCUAGCAGACCUUCCCACGUACGGCCAGAGAGGAAGCCAGCAUGAGCUGAAUUUGAACUCACAGUGACCGCAUUGGUGAGAGGCUCCCGGGUCAUUACGCUGCGCUAGCACGCUAACCAACUGAGCCACAGAGGCCCCCAGUUUUAUAGAUAUAACAAUAUUUCUGAUGUUAGAUGAGAUGUGCACAACAUUAGUCACUGUACUUUGUGAGCACAACAGAAAAUGAUUUUAGAAAUAGUUAAAUUACCAGCAUAAUAAUAUCAGUUAUCUGUAAAAGAAAUCCUGAUAUUUCACUGCUCUAAUUAUAUAUAU